AUGAUUCAAACAGUUAGUUCCAAGGGGAAUAUGAAGUUGUUGAGUUGUCUUUGCGUUGCAGUUGGCUUGUUAUUUUUUUCAAGCCUGGACGUGGUUAAUUUGAUGCCAGAAACCGACUACUGCCAAUUGAAAAACUGCCCAGUUAACAAGAAACUACCACAUAUUGCCUGCAACAACAAAGGGGGCUGGUCGUUACAAUGCGGAAAAGACCCACAAAUUGUCCCCAUACCCGAGAACAUAAAGAAUUUAAUCUUGAAUCAUCACAACACUUAUCGCGAUGUUGUGGCCGGCACCAGAUUCCACAGGUUGCCCACAGCGGGUCGCAUGCUGAAAAUGAUGUGGGACUCCGAUCUGGCCUAUCUGGCCAAGCUCCUGGUGAAGCGCUGCGAUCUCCACCCCACUGAGCACUGCAUGUCCACGGAGGUGUUCUCCGCCCCUAGCUUCCAUGCGGUCUACAACAAGUUCAAGAAGAACGAGGAUGCCUUCAGAGUGGUAAGAUCCCAGCUGAAUUCCUGGUACGAUCAGUACAAACACGUUACUGCAGCCAGCUUAAUUGAUGGUUUGUCGAAUAAUAAAACGGAAGUUGGACACUUCCUGAGGAUGAUGGUGGGCCCCAGUAACCGAAUGGGCUGUGCCAUGGCCAGGAAUGAAAAAAAUGGAUGGACCCAGCAGUGGUUGUCCUGCCUCUACAGCUGUUCACCAAAGAAAAACUCCCUAAUAUACGAGUAUGCUGUCAGUGCCGGAAAGUUUUGCACCACCGGAGUUGAUGGCAAGUUCCAACAUCUUUGCAACGAAUCGGAGCCUGUGCAAGAUUGCAAGAGUUCGGACCAAUUCAAGGUGGUCAUUACCAAUGACACUGCAUCGUUAAUUAGGGCCAUGAUGAAAAACCCAUCCUAUUCCAGGAGUUUUAUAUGUCGCUACUGUUCCCUCUGUUGCAAGGUGUGGGGUUGGGUGAAAGGUGGUUGGGGUAGGCUUAAGCAGACAUGGGCUUCAAUUAUGGGUGGCGGCGGUGGCGGCGGUGGCGGCGGUGACGGCGGUGACGGCGGUGGCGGCGGUGACGGCGGUGUAUAA